AUGCACACCCAUACAACACACACUCGUCCCACGGUAUCAACACAAACCAUAACUUCAGCACAACAUGAAAACCACAACCCUAAUACACCCAUAUUAUUGCCUACUGUCACCUUAGAAAUAGCAGAUGUUCAUGGUCAAUUUCAAAGAGCACGAGCCCUAUUGGAUUGUGGCAGUAUGGUAACAUUAAUUACUCAGCGCAUAGCUCGAACUUUACAACUACCACUAAAGAAUACUUCAUUACAAAUUUCGGGAGUGGGAAAUCAGCACACACAGUACUCCAAGGCAUCAAUAAAAAUUGUAUGUCGACCCACUCAUAGCGAAACACCUACGAUAACGGCUACAGCUCAUAUUUUAAAGCAUGUUACCGGUUAUCUGCCUCUAGGGAAGGUACAGGAUAUAUCACAUAUGGUAGACCAGUCAACGAUCCCCUUAGCUGAUCAAGGAUACCAUACACCAGCUCCAAUUGAUCUGUUGUUAGGCUCGGAUAUCCUCGGACAGGUUUUAGAUGGGACUAAAGUCUCAUUGGGGCCCGGCAGGCCAAUAGCCUUCGGCACGAUAUUUGAUUUUGCAUUGUUAGGACCCAUACACGAUUUGUAUACUGCUCCUGUAAGCAAAACUGAAUCGGCUCACAUUGUCAGCGCACAACCAGAACUCGAGGUAUCUACACAUGACAUUCGCAAGAGCCUUGAGAAGUUCUGGGAAUCUGAAGAGCCCCAACUUCAUGUUGAAACUACCCCUUUGCAAGAUCAGUGUGAAGAAAUAUUCCGCACUACCACUACUCGUAAACCCUCAGGUCAAUAUACGGUAACUUUACCCUUUUUACAUAAUAUGCCCGAGCUAGGAAGUACCCAUGCCAUAGCAUUGCGCAGGUUUCUUAAUCUUGAAAAGAAGUUACAAGCUGACCCAUAUCUCCGUGUGAAAUACAUUGAUUUCAUGGCAGAUUAUCAGAAGCUGGGUCACAUGUCCCCAUGCCACCCGAGUACUUUUGCUCAUAAACCUCACUUCUAUAUCCCUCAUCAUGGCAUCUUCAAGUCGGGAUCAGACAAGCUACGCACUGUUUUUGAUGGUAGCUGUAAAAGCUCAAAUGGUGUCAGCCUAAAUGACUGUUUACACACUGGUCCAGCUCUUCAACAGGACAUUGUCGAUAUUAUCUUGUCGUUUAGAACUCAUCCCGUAGUUUUCAGCACUGACAUUUGUAUGAUGUUCAGAAACAUACUCAUACAUCCCGAUCAGAGGCGUUACCAGCUCAUUCUCUGGCGCUCUUCGCCAGAUCAGCCUCUGCUUACAUAUGCCCUAAACACUGUUACAUACGGGUUACGAUCAAGCCCAUAUCAUGCUAUACGCACUUUAAUCCAAUUAGCGGAUGAUGAAGGUCAUCGCUAUCCUGCAGCUGCUCAAGUCCUGCGCAAGUCCAUAUUCGUCGAUGAUAUUCUCACUGGUCACGAUUCUGUAGUAAAGGCUCAAGCUCUCCAAAACGACUUGAUUAACUUACUAGCCUUAGGUGGUUUUCAGCUCAGUAAAUGGACCUCAAACUGCCCUCAGCUUCUCGAAAGAUUUCCCGAUGAUCAGUGUGACAUGCCCAAGAACUUUGACAUUAGCCCAGACUCCAACUCCAUAAAAGUAUUAGGUAUACAGUGGAUUCCUCAAUCGGAUGAGUUAACUUAUCGUAUUUCUCUCCCCUCAAUAAAACAAAUUACCAAACGCUCAAUCCUCAGCACAGUCGCCUCUCUUUAUGACCCUAACGGUUGGGUUACUCCUGUUAUCUUCCGCGCAAAGCUUCUCCUACAGAAGCUGUGGCUUCUAAAGUUAGAAUGGGACGAACACACCCCUGUUGAAGUGCAAACAGAAUGGAACCGCAUAUCACAAGAUCUGCCCCAAUUGUCAACCCUUCGUUUGCCUCGCCUUAUUUGUACAAACAAAUUUAAGUCUACUUACUCGCUUCACGGGUUCGCAGACGCCUCAGAGGCAGGUUUUGCUGCCGUUAUUUAUCUCCAUGAACUCGAUGAGCACAGAUGUGUCAACGUAUACCUCGUAAUUGCUAAAUCACGAGUCGCACCCGUUAAAAAUCGUCUUACCAUCCCCAAGAUGGAGUUAUCUGCUGCAAGUCUCUUAACACAGCUUAUGAUACGUGUCUCGACUCAAUUGUUGUCCCAUAUUACCAUAAAGCAACACAUAUGCUGGUCAGACAGUACCAUUGUCCUAGCAUGGCUAAACACACCUCCUCAUAGACUUCAGGUCUUUGAAGCUAACAGGGUUGCCAAGAUAACAUCCAAUCCAAUCACCUCCACAUGGAAACAUGUUCCUACAAACCUGAACCCUGCAGACUGUGCGAGCAGGGGAAUGUCUGCCCAGUCACUAUCGGCUCAUGAUCUUUGGUGGUCUCCUAGCUGGCUGAAGGAGCCUCCUGACACCUGGCCCAAAAUGCCUCCUGCUCUAGGCCACCAUGCAUUACCAGGUCUGAAGCCCAAGAAAGUACCAGCUCAUAUAGCAGUUCCUGACCUCGACCUUGACUUGCUUACUCGAUUCAGUUCUCUCGACAAGCUCGUUGGAGUGACAGCUUGCAUAAAACGCUUUAUUUUCAAUUGUAGACACAACUCAACUGAUAGGCGCUCUGGUCCCUUGACAGUUGGAGAACGUAGAGAUGCUCUGUUAUUCUGGGUUCGCUCUGUUCAACACAAUGAGUUUGCGGAAGAUAUUUACCGUCUUCAGGCAGGCAAGAUUUGUACCGUUCGACUUCAGCGUCUUUCACCCUUGAUGAAAGAUGAUCUCUUGAGAGUUGGUGGUCGCCUCACUCAUGCGCCAAUAAGAUACGAUGCUCAGCAUCCUCUCGUUCUGCCCAGCUCUAGCCCACUAGUUGAUCUCAUCGUAGACCACUAUCACAGAAUAAACUGUCAUCCUGGGGCUGACACAUUACACGCUAUCCUCCGUCAGCAGUUCUGGAUACUCUCAGCACGUCGUGUCAUCAGGCAUCGCGUGUACAAAUGCAUUAGAUGUUUCCGAUAUCGCGCUCAGGCCAGAGCUCCGUUGAUGGCUGAUUUGCCCGCAGACAGGGUCACACCCCAGCCAGUAUUUAGUCAGGUCUCUACAGAUUUUGCUGGCCCGUUUCUCAUUAAAUCUAGUACUUUACGUAACGCCAAACUCAUGAAGGCAUACUUUUGUGUCUUUGUUUGCUUAUCUACUAAGGCGGUUCACUUGGAACUCGUUUCGUCACUCAGCACUGAAGCGUUUCUUGCUGCAAUGCAACGGUUUGUAUCGCGUCGCGGUACUCCUACUCUUAUCCGUUCUGACUGUGGCACAAAUUAUGUAGGAGCUAAGAAUCAUCUCAUUGAGGUACAAGAUUUUCUCGCGCAAAAUAAUGACACAAUCACGCAUAGGCUCGCUAAUCAGCACAUAACUUGGCUGCUCCAACCGCCCACGGGACCCUGGUUCGGGGGCCUUCAUGAAAUUGCGGUCAAGAGCACUAAGAAGUUACUUUAUCAUGUUAUAGGUGAACAGCACCUCACGUUUGAAGAAUUUUCCACACUUUUAACUCGAGUCGAGGCAGUACUUAAUUCUAGACCUCUCUGUCCACUUUCGUCAGAUCCCUCCGACUUUGAGCCACUAACAGCUGGCCACUUUCUUAUUGGCCGUCCACUCACCGCUCUUCCUGAGCCAUCUUUUGAUGAUAGGCCAUUAUCAGCUCUUAAGCGUUUUCAGCUCAUCCAAGCUCUCUCUCAGCGUUUUUGGACUCUGUGGACCAAAUCCUGUCUCCAUACCCUCCAAACCCGCUCCAAAUGGCUUUCCACAUCCUCACCUCCUCAUGUUGGAGAGCUCGUCCUCAUCAAAGAGGACAAUCAGCCCCCGCUGCAAUGGAAACUUGGAAGGAUUAUCCGCACGUUACCCGGCAAGGAUGGAGUGAUCAGAGUCGUGGAUUUGGACACGAAGCAUGGAAGUCUGCGGAGACCUGUGUUCAAGUUAGCCAGGUUGCCGCUGGAUUCAGCACAUGAAGAAGUUCAGCCCCGGCCGCCCCAGGAUGUUCGCGCGACAGCGCGACGUUCGUAAAUGUUCGGCUCAACUCGGGUGCCGUCGCCCGUACGCACCCCGCACCUCUCAUAACAGUGCGGUACAUGACGGCACGCGGAGAUACGCUCGUUCGAUAUUGAGUAAAUUGUGCGCGCGCGCCUUUCGAUACUAAGUAAAAGGUAUAGUGUGAACCGGUGAAAAGGUGUAUGUGCCACCCAUCGCAGAGGAACACCACUACGACCGUGAUAGUGCCAGCAUCAGCCUCCAACAUUCGUAUUGCGUGGGUUCGAGAGCCCGUUUUUAGCACCACGAGUGGUAGGCGGUGUGACUGUACCAGAUGGUCGUAUCCCUUAUCAGGCGUCUCUGCGAACACUCUUCAAUUCUCACUUUUGUGGCGGA